GCUAUAUAACACCAUGGGAUCUCCAGUUAGUGGAAUAUAUGUGUUUCUUCUUAUCCCAUAGUAAGAUUCUACAUUAAUAUUAUAUCUGCAAUGGAUACCAUCGCUACCACAACUAUUCAAGGUAUUACCAUUGAUGGGGCACACCUUGCCUCGGUAGCCUCAACCACCGCUGUGAUUCUGUCGUCUGUCGACAACACCGCUGUCGACUUGUACCAUUACGUACCCAGUCUUCCAGGAAACUUGGUUUUGCUUGUCGUUUUAGGGUUGAUCCUCGGGAUCCAGUCGCUUUAUACCUUGAAGUACCGCCAGUUAUGGUACUGGACAUGCCUCUGGCUCGGUAUCGCAUUGGAAUUCACUGGUUUCGUCGCCAGGGUGGUGUCACACUUCCAGCCCCUCAAUGGAAGUGCUUACUUGUGUCAGAGUAUCUGUGUGACGGCCACUACCCGGUUCAUCUUGGCCGCCUUUUACUGUAUCAUGGAUAUACUGGUUAUCGUUUACGGUGAACAGUUCUCCGUCUUGAAGCGCUUCCGCUACUCCAAAAUAUUUAUCACCAGUGAUUUAGUGACUGUCAUUAUCCUGAUGGCGGGCGUUGGGACUGCCUAUUCCUCUAUCGCUAGCGGUCAUUCGUCCAAUACUGGCACGUACCUCUUGGUUGCGGGUCUUGGGUUCCAGGUGGGGUCGUUAUCCAUUUUCAUUGUCCUCUGGCUGAUCUUCUUCUGGCGCGUCCACAAGGCCUCCAAGUUUGCCGAACCAGGAUAUAAACCAAGGUUUCAACACUUAAGCAGCACUUCUGCCAUGAAGAGGUUCCCGCUUUAUGCCGCGGUAGGCAUUAUCUGCAUGUAUGUGCGUGCUAUUUUCAGAGUUGUGGAGUUUUCAGAAGGCUGGGCCGGUUACUUGAGACGGACUGAGCCAUACUUUCUUAUUUUGGAUGGGGCUAUGGUGGUUAUAACUGGGAUUGUAAUGUCUUUCCCGGGUGGGUACCCCGGUAUUGUUGUGCGUCAUGAUGUUUCCGUCAAAAAUAAGAAGAUAAGGUGGAUAUUUUAUGAGUUUGAGGAGAUUGCGGGAAAGGAUAUCGACAUGGGGGAGUCUCCUUAGAGGUGUACUGCGGAUCUGUCUAGACCACUAUUGAUUAAGGCAUGUUAAUUUUUUUUGUCCGAUUGCCUACAACUAGAUCAUGGCUAAUACAGCCAUGUAUACUAUUUCAUUUAUU